AUGCAGGGGCUCAUGAACGGCGCAGACUGCAGCGCGGGUGCCAACCCCCUCAACCAGGUCCUCAAGCGUGAGGGUGUCGACAACUCGCUUUUCCGCGACCGGAUGGGUUCGCCCGCCGCGGGCUCGUCGUCGCAGGCAGCUUUCCGGCCGCUGCAAGGCCCGUCACAGGCAGGUCCAGCGCAGGCAGCGCAGGUACCGCACCCCUUCAACCUCUCGCACCUGUCGCAGGCGCUCAGCCAGCCCGGCCCCGUCCACGUCCCCGUGCAACAGGGCCCUGUGCACCGCGCGACCCCCGACCUGUCGGCCGACUGGGAGCGUUUCCAGUCCCGCCCAGCCCAGGGGCAGUGGCACCAGCCCGCAGCGGCCAACAACGCAUGGGCAGAGUCCUUUCACCAGGGCAAAGGCAAGGGGCGUGCGGCCCCGCCACCGGCGCAGGACUAUGCGCAGCAACACACCCCCAUGAUGGGCAUGGGCGGUAUGGGCAUGAUGAUGCCCGGUAACCCGUUUGGCGGGGGCUUGCAGACGUACCAGCCACAGCUGCAGCCGAUGUACUCGCAGCCGCAGCAGAUGGCACCGGACCACGCCAAGAUGGAGGCUGCGUUUGAGCAGGCGCUCGCGGAUGCGCGGGCGCAGAGCGCACCCGCACAGGAGAAGGAGGAGGUCAAGGAGGAGGAGGUUGUCGAGGAGCCCAAGGAGGCGCCACAGGCUGAGGAGCAGACCGACUUCAAGGGCGACCUUGAUGCUGUUUGGGAGAGCCUCAAGCCCGAGGCUGAGCGCCUCAACCAGCUCGCUGAGUGGGAGAAGGAGUUUUCGCAGUUUGUCGAGGACGAGGACGACACGUUUGACAUUCUCGAGCGCGACCUGAACCGCGAUGACAUUGGGCAAACGGGCCUCGACGAUCAGAUGGAGUUUGGCUCGGGUGCCGGCCUCGAGGGCGACUUUACGGCUGAAAACGGCCUCCCGCCGCAGGUCCAGUACCACUUUGCUAACCCGAACAAGUUUGACGUCAUGAGCCCCGUUCAGGCGUGGAACGAGGCGAGCCGCCUCCUCUCAGCCGGCGGUUCGCUCUCAGACUCUGCGUUGAUGAUUGAGACGUUCCUUCGUCGCGCAACACCUGCCGAGGUCGAGCAGUCUGGCGUAACUCGAGCGGCAGCAUGGGCCAUUCUGGGCCGCACGCAAGCCGAGAACGAGAUGGAGGACAAGGCCCUCGCCGCCUUCGAGGAGGGACGUAAGGCGAUCGCCGACGACCCCGCAGCCCGCCAAGUGGCAGGUGAACUCCUCACCAACCUGGCCAUCAGCUACGUCAACGAGUCUCUCGACCUGGCGGCUCUCACGACCCUCCAUCAACUCCUGGAGACGCUGCACCCCACGCAUGCGGGCCAAGCGCCCAGCCGGUCCGAGUUUAUUGCCAGCGACAACCCGUGGGCUCUGCAUCAGCGCAUGACGAACCAGUACCUAGACCUGGCUCGGGCGCAAUACGCCUCAGCGGGGCAUGUCGAUCCCGAUGUGCAAGUUGGCCUCGGCACGCUGUACUACAUGCAGGGCGAGUUUGGUGAGGCGCGCUCGUGCUGGGUUGCGGCGCUCGGUGAGAAGCCCGACGACUACCUCCUCUGGAAUCGGCUUGGAGCGACGCUCGCCAACGGCGGAGAUCCCGAGGAAGCGGUGGAUGCAUACCGCCGCGCCCUGGAGAUCAAGCCUACGUUCACACGUGCCAUUGCGAACCUCGGCGUAGCAUGCCUCAAUAUCGGCGUACACCGCGAGGCGGCGGAACACUUCCUCGCCGCCCUGGCGCUUCAGCCGAACGACGGGGGAGGCGGUACGGCUCCCGAGGCGUACUCGCUCUGGGCGACACUGCGGAGAUCCCUCAUCGCUCUCGACCAGCCCCAGCUCGCCGAGCAGGCGCGGCCCGGAACCGACCUGAGCGUGUUCCGUAACGCCGGGUUCGACUUUUGA